CUUUCCUGCAAUGGGAUUUUUAUUACUUUUUGGAUGGGGAGAAACUGUAAUUUUUUGAUGCUGUCCUGCCAACCACCCAAGACUCAAGGAAGCCCUAUUUCCCGGGCAAAAUCAAACCUCAGGAGAUAGCGGCUUUGCCUACUCAUGCAGCCUGAAAGUUCACCCACAGCCUGUCCUCACAGUCAUAUUCCCAGGUUUUCUGUACCAGAUCUGCUCAUUGCCAUAUAAUUUUUUUCCCUCUCUCUUUUUGUUUCCUUUUGUCAGGGUUUUAUAAAACAUUAAGAAACAAUAGGGAAUGAAAUACUUCUCCGCAUGUGAUCUUCACAUAGGUCAUUGGGGUUUUUUUGCAUGAUCAUAUAUCUGGGCAAAGUCGUUUUCUUCUUCAAAUCUUUGUCUGCAUAGAGGAAUAAAGUGUUACCUUACGACUAACCUAAAAUGAAAGUCUAUGUUUAAUGUUAGCCUGUUUCUUUCAGUGCAGCCUGUUACAGACACCAGAAUACUUUAUCUCAGGAGUGGUGGAUCAUAGAAUCAUGGAAUCAUUGAAUGUUAAGGGAUUGAAAGUGUAGGAAAUAAAUAGGAUGUUUUAUUACAAGCAGGGGUUUCCAUGGCUGCCUCGUGCUGGGGCACUUGGGAGCCAUUUUGUUUAAAGGACUGGGGAACUAUUUUGUGGUCAGGGACCAGUGGACUGCUUGUGAUUCUGCUUGAAGUUGCUUAUUGCUGCUGCCUACUUGCUGCUACAUACAGUUCUGCUUGGGGUUGCCUAUUGCACUGCUUAUAGUUCUGCCUGCUUACUGCUACUUAUUGUUACUUAUUGUUCUGUUUGCUUUACAGUUCGAAGGUGAGCAGGGAAGAAUGUAAGGUGGUGAGACCAGCCUGGGCUCACUGCCAGGGAACCAUGCGGCCCGCGGCAGGGACACAACCUGACAUGGACCGUGAUUAUGGGCAUGGAGGCUAUGGUGGCCCACGAUCCAUGGACUCUUACCUUAACCAAUCCUAUGGGAUGGAGAGUCAUGGAGGUGGAGGCGGAGGAGGUGGUGGUGGUGGUAACAGGUUUGGACCUUAUGAGUCUUACGACUCCGGGUCUUCUCUGGGUGGGCGAGAUCUGUACAGAUCUGGCUAUGGUUAUAAUGAACCCGAACAAAGCCGCUUCGGAGGUAGUUAUGGUGGUCGAUUUGACAACUCCUACCGGAAUAGCCUUGACUCUUUCGGAGGUAGAAACCAGGGCGGGUCUAGCUGGGAAGCACCUUACUCCCGUUCAAAAUUGAGGCCUGGGUUUAUGGAGGACAGAGGAAGAGAGAGUUACUCUUCCUACAGCAGUUUUUCUUCACCCCAUAUGAAGCCUGCACCUGUAGGCUCUCGGGGGAGAGGAACGCCUGCUUAUCCUGAAAGUGGAUUUGGAAGCAGAAACUAUGAUGCUUUUGGAGGACCAUCAACAGGCAGAGGCCGAGGCCGAGGACAUAUGGGAGACUUUGGAGGAAUGCACAGACCUGGGAUUGUCGUUGACUAUCAUAACAAACCCAGUCCUGCAGCAGUUGCUGCAAGAGGAAUAAAAAGAAAAAUGAUACCACAGCAGUAUAACAAACCUGGUGGGACUUUCAUCAAGAAACCCAAAAUGACAAAACCUGUUUUGAAGCUGAGCCAGAAAAAAUCGCCUAACAUGAAGACGUCUUUCCAGGAUUCUACUAUAGAGGAAAUUGAAGUUGAUACAAGUGGUGCAGUCGUUAUAUAUGAAGACUUUACAAGAGAUGCUUAUGAUCUUGGAUAUCAGACUUUUGGAGAUGGCAAAGGAGGAGAAGGUAAAAGUGAGGAAGAAGAAAAGCGGCGAAUCGAGGCCAGAAGAGAGAAGCAAAGGCGUAGAAGGGAAAAAAACAGUGAAAAAUAUGGUGAUGGAUACAGAAUGGCAUUUACUUGCUCAUUUUGCAAGUUUCGAACGUUUGAAGAAAAAGAAAUUGAGGCACAUCUGGAGAGUGCAGCUCACCAGGAGACACUGGAUCAUAUCCAGAAGCAAACCAAGUUUGACAAAGUAGUGAUGGAAUUUCUUCAUGAGUGUAUGGUGAAUAAAUUCAAGAAGACAGCUAUGCGUAAGCAGCAGACAAGUAACCAAACGGAAAAUGCUCAGGCUGCUGAAAAAGAUAUAAUGGAAGGGGUUACCGCUGAUGACCAUAUGAUGAAAGUUGAGACUGUUCACUGCAGUGCUUGCAGUGUGUACGUUCCUGCAUUGCACAGUUCUGUUCAGCAACACUUAAAAUCUCCUGAUCACAUAAAAGGAAAACAAGCCUACAGAGAACAAAUAAAAAGGGAGAGUGUUCUCACUGCCACCAGUAUAUUGAAUAAUCCUAUAGUCAAGGCACGAUAUGAGCUGUAUGUGAAGGGUGAAAAUCCUUUUGAAAUUAAUGAUCAGGCUCAAGAGCAGCAGACAGAGGAAGAGGACAAAGCUGAUGAGCCAGCCGAGGGUGAGGAAGAGGAGGAAGAAGAGGAGGAAGAAACUGAAGAACAAACUGACUUCACUUUAGACCACACUGAAGAUAAUUAAGUGCAAGAAAAUAAAAAUACAUUGGGGGGGUCCAGCCAGCUUUUUAUUUCUGCUCUAAAGUGGCUGAGACUUUUUAAUAGUCUCAGAUGAAGUUGGAGAUUCCCCACCAUUUGCAUGCAUUCCAUUCCAUGGAGAACUUGUUUAUAUAAUUCCUCUGUGUUUCUGAUUUUGUUUAAAAUGAAAUUAAGACUAUUUUAGUUGAGCUUUUUAUAGAAAACUGACUAUUAAAGCUGAUCAGAACAUUGUGUUGUAUAUUUUUUUAAGCAUCCUAUUUUUUUGGUGUGUGUAUUGAAAGUUGGAUAUAAUAAUAAUUUUUGGUCUAAUCAGUUGAAAAGAAAGGUGGGUCUCUGGGGUAAAUACAUUAAAAGCUUUAUCGUGUAAGCUAUUAAUAUUUACCUCUAAGUACAGAAUGAGUAUCUUCAAAAAUUGUGCUGUUGAGUGUGGCUGUUUGGGGAACUGCAUUGCACUCUGUAUAAUAGAGUAUGUGUUUAUAAUGCCUUGUAGCUUUUUGUGAUAAGAUGUACCAGUUUGUAGCAAUAAAAACUUAAGAAAUGUUA